AUGACCUGCACCCAGCACUACACCGCGGCCGAGUUUCCCUCCGAAGCCGGCAAGGAAAUCACCACUGUCUAUGCCAAUGAUCCGGCUACAGAUGCCGCCUUGUUAGAGUCCAUCCUCGACAGGGACGGCGCCGUAAUCGUCAAGAAUCUGGUCCCCCAGUCUCUCUGCGCGCAGAUCAAGACCGAUCUCAAGCCCAUCUUCGACGCGGACAAGCCGGAUCCAGCUGGCUUCUUUCCCAGCACGACGAAGCGCGCUCAUGGCAUCCUGGCCAAGUCACCUGCGAGUGCCAAGCUCGUGGUGAACCCGCUCUUUCAGUCCGUCGCCGAGCGCAUGUUGACCAGCAGGUACACCUACUGGGAGGGCCAAGAGAAGAAGACCGUGUCAGCGAAGCCGCAGAUCGCAAGCAUUGUGGGCUUCCGCGUCGAACCCGGGGGCAAGCAGCAGCCUCUCCACAGGGACGAUUCGGAUUACCACACUCGAAACUGCGACAUGCCCGUCAUGCUGGGCUGCGUUACGGCAUUGUCCAAGACGACAAAGGAAAACGGCGCGACAGUCAUCAUUCCAAAAAGCCACUUAUGGGGCCCGGAUAGGUGCCCUCUCAACGAAGAGACCAUUUCGGCGGAGCUCGAGGUCGGAGACGCUGCCAUAUUCGUCGGCAACGUAUAUCAUGCGGGGGGCGCAAACGUCACGAGGGACGACGCACGCGAGACACUUGGCGUCUUCAUGUGCAAGGGAACACUAAGACAAGAAGAGAAUCAGUAUUUGGAACUGCCGCCAGAGCUAGCAAAGGAUCGGGGCUUCUCACCGCAGCUGCUGCGUUUGCUCGGAUAUGGGCUCUGCCCACCAGCGCUGGGCUUGUAUCGGUAUAAGGACCCAAUGGAGGAGAUCUUCAACGUCUUAGACGAGGAGACAAUCCGCAGAUAG